AUCAUCCAACAUUCCUUCUCCAUCAGGUAUGAACCAGCUCUUCGGAAAGGAAAACUUUAAAGUUAUUAUCAAGAAAUUAAAUCAACAAAUACAUAAUGAAUUUUAUGAUAGUGCCUGUGAGAUUGGGACAUUAAUGAUUAGUGCCUGUUUCAAUUCUAUUGUGAAAGGUUCUCCGUCAACUGAUUCGAAUAUUUCGCCCUAUCAAUCAUCUUGGAAUUUUUCAUCACCUGAAUAUUGUGUUGAUACAUUGGCCAAUGUUGUUCUUGUAUCGUUUAAAGAAAAUUGUAAAAGCAAUUCUCCUCAAGAGGAAGUGGAAAUGUUGCAAAUAUUUGUUGAUUUAAUUGUAAGCUAUUCGAGAGCACUUUUUGGAAAUAACGAAUUUGUAAAGGCAAAGCAUUAUCUGGCUCAGGCAUCUGCAAUAUCAUCCUAUAUUUUGGAGAACUUAUCAUCAAAAACUCAAGAAGACCAAAAGAAGCACUAUUACAUUUGUGAACUGCUUGCCGAUGCUUGUUUGAAAAUUAAUUUGGAUGAUGAGGCAGAAAUUCAUUUAAAAUCAAUUCCAAAAGAAUUUAGAAAUGUUAAAAAUUGUAUGAAAUUGGGAGAUAUCUACAUGAAAAAUGAUAAAAGUAGAGAGGCUGUAGCUUGCUAUCAAGAUGUUUUAAGAUUGGACAGAUAUUCAAUUUCUGCAGUAGAAAAAUUGAUCAAGUUAGGACUUCCAGAAGACAAGAAGAAAAAUCUCACUGAUUAUUACAAAAAAGAAGAUUGGUUAGCUAAAUUGGUAGAUGUCAAAUAUUAUUCUCACAAUAACCAACAUGAAAAGUUAAUUCAAUCUCUCAAAUCUUUGGAAAAAUCAUUCCCUAAUAAUGUUGAGCUAAAAUUGAAUUUGGCUGAAUGCUAUGAUCAAUUAUCCAAGUAUGAUGAGGCUAUUGAAUUAUUCAAAAAAUGUUACAAAAUGGAUGCGUACACAGAUUGUAAAUCUAGUACAUUUGCCACUCUUUUACAAACAACUGGACACCCUAUAGAGUUACAAAGUUUAUCAACCAGAUUACUUAAAACAAAUAAGGGUUCCUCAGAAUGCUGGUUAGUUCUUGCUAUUUAUUACACAUCUAGAACCACCUUAUUUAGUGUAGUUUCUGAUGAAAGUGAAUCUAAUAAGAAUUCUUUACAACAAAAUAUGGAAAUGGCUAUUCGUGCUGUUGACAAAGCACUCGAAUUGAAUCCCUCAUUCAUUCUAGCCUAUCUUUGGAAAGGUCAUUUAUUAUUAAUGGCUCAACAACACAACAAGGCCAUUCUCAUUUACAAACAAGCCAAAAAAAUCUCAACAGACAUUCGUAUCUAUCAAGGGCUAGUUAAGGCUCACCUAUCAAUUCCACAACAUUUUCAAGAUGCCUUGAAUAUUGCUCUCUCUGCUCAAAAAAUUUACCAUGGAAAGUUUGAUUACAAACCUCACAUUCUUCUUGGAAGUGUAUAUACAAUGAAGGAAGAAUUUCAUGAUAAUGCUCAAAAAGAAUUCGAGUCUGCUCUAAAAAUCUGCCAAGAAACAAAGAAUGAAUUUGGAAUGGAAGAGGCACUAUUAGGCAAAGUUGAAUUAGAUAUUAAGAGACAACAUUUUGAUUCAGCAAUCAAAACUCUUCAAUCUCCAAACCUUAAACAAAAUACUGACAUUAUUCAAACCAAGUUAGGUCAAAUAUACCUCCUACAACAACGAUUCGAAGAUGCAUUCCAAUGUUUUCACAAAGCUCUCUCAUUGAAUAGAUUUAAUGAAAUUGCUCGUCAGGAAUUAUUGAAAUUAGAAGAAUCCGUUCCUCAAGAUGAAGAAGAACAAGAAGAAGAUUAUGAAAUAGCCAAACAACAAGAACAACAAAAGAAGGCCAUGGAAGAGGCCGAAGAAAAGAGAAGAGCUAUUCUCUCUCAAAUUCUUGAACACGAUGCCAGAGAAAGAUUGAAUAGAAUUUUCCUUGUAAGACCAGAAAGAGCAAGAGCAUUCGAGGAUUAUGCAAUUAAAUUGGCACAAGGUGGAAAACUUCCAGGUAAAAUUAAUGAAGAACUCUUGGUUAAAAUGUUGGAACAAAUGUCCGGAAGUGGAUCGACCAAAGUAAAAAUUCAAAGAAAGAAGAGUUCAUUUGACAGUGAUGAUGAUGAUGACAAUGAUGACGAAGAUGAUGAUGAUGAGGAUGAUGAUUUUUUCAAAUAA